AUGGACACAUUGCCUUCCGACUUGGAGAGAUAUUACAGCGAAGCCGUUAAGCGAAUAGAAAAGCAAGGUGAUCCAGAUUGUUACUUUGUCAAAAGAGCAAUCUCUUUCAUUUUUUGCGCGGGACGACCCCUGACCGUUGACGAAGUUUGCCUCGCCCUUGCUGCCGAAAUUGGUGAUAACGAGCUCUUUGAAGAUGUACUUCCUGCACAAGAAAAUCUGGUGGGCUCUUCUGCAGGUCUCAUCAGAGUUGACAAAAAAAGCAAGGCCAUUGAGCUGGCCCAUCAUACUCUACAAGAAUAUCUUGAAAAGCACCCAGCUGCACUUCUUCCUGGUCCAGACACCGAUCUGGCAAAGGCAUGA